UAGUAGUUAGUUCGACGAGGUUUCCACUCCCUCCAGAGUCCAGAGGACGAUGAGAUAAGUCAAAUAAACCCAAAGCAGCAAAACAGUCGUCGUUCCCUAUUAACAAAAUAUCAGCUUUUUCACUUUAUAUAUAUAUAUAUAUAUAUAUGAUUAAAGAAUGCUCAUAUGGCCGAGAUGUUCCACGAAAUUGUUGUUCGCAGGUCCUGUCAUCUCCGUGUAUAUAAAAUGUCGUCUUGAGAUCGACUCUUACAAAGAAUCAUCACUUCAAUUCAAUUCUCUCCAAGUAGCUGUCUUUGUAUCAGAAGAGAAGAGAGAUUGUGAUGGCUAAUAGAUCUCAGCAGAUCCCUUUACUUAAAGGUGAGACUGACAAUUACGAUGGUGUUACUGUAACCAUGGUGGAACCUAUGGAUCCUGAGGUUUUUACUGAAAGUCUUAGGGCUUCGCUUUCGCUUUGGAGAGAUGAGGGGAAGAAGGGAAUUUGGAUAAACUUGCCUCUUGGAUUGGCUAAUCUUGUGGAGGCUGCAGUUAGUGAAGGAUUUAGAUAUCAUCAUGCUGAGCCUGAGUACUUGAUGCUUGUAUCUUGGAUCUCUAACACCCCUGAUACGAUCCCAGCCAAUGCUUCUCAUGUUGUAGGUGCUGGUGCUUUGGUUAUCAACAAAAAUACUAGAGAGGUCCUCGUUGUCCAGGAAAGAAGUGGGUUUUUCAAAGAUAAAAAUGUGUGGAAGCUGCCUACCGGAGUUAUCAAUGAGGGUGAGGAUAUUUGGACUGGAGUAGCUAGGGAAGUGGCAGAAGAAACUGGUAUUGUUGCAGAUUUUGUCGAAGUAUUGGCUUUCAGGCAAAGCCAUAAAGCAAUCUUGAAAAAGAAAACGGAUAUGUUUUUUCUGUGUGUUUUAAGUCCGCGCUCCUACGAUAUUACUGAACAAAAAUCUGAGAUCUUGGAAGCUAAGUGGAUGUCGAUCCAAGAGUAUGUAGACCAACAGUGGAACAAGAAGAACGAGAUGUUCAAGUUCAUGGCUAACAUCUGCCAAAAGAAGUGUGAGGAAGAAUACUCGGGAUUCUCCAUUUUGCCAACUACCACAUCAUCUGGUAAGGAGAGUUUUAUCUACUGCAAUACUGAUCAUGCCAAUCGCCUUAAUGCAAUGCGUUACCAACCCUCCGCUUCUCGUUGAUUUUUUUUUUUCAUCCUAUAAUGUUGGAACUCGGCGUCUAUCAAUUCCACCGUAGUCACGCCCAAACGAUUCUCAAAAAGCAGAUAAAAAAUAGAUUUUAAUUAAAUGAUUUCUUUUUAUUAUUUUUUAAUAAAUGAACCAAUAGAUGAUCGGGAACUCAAAGAGCAACGUUUCUUAAAUUGCUUAACUAAGUAACUUUCUCUUUCUCUUUCCUACUUUUCCUCAUAUUUAUUAUUAUUUAUAAUGAGAGUCACCCCUUGAGCAACCCUGUGGACAUAAAUGUGUCCAGUGUGUGCAAUACAGGAAACUUUGUUAUAUACUAUUCCGAUUCUACUUCAUUGCGUUAUGUAUUUGAAUUCUAAUAUAUUUUCUUUUGACUGGUUUGAUUCUCCAAGGCUUUUUUAUAUAUAAAUAAAAGUAUUAUCAUACUACAGCUUGAUUUAUUCUUUAAAAUUAUUUUCUCUUAACCGGUAUUUUGUGUUUAGUGCACUGCAUAGUCUGAAUCCAAGAACAAGAAGCGUUCAAGGUUUUUAAACAAUUUAAAAUGAUUUAUAGAUAUGUUGGGAGAUUAAAGCCCAUACCUUGUUUUUUUCUAAAACCCAAUUUUGGAAUUGAAACUCAUUCCUCAAUUGCUUGUACAAGAUUGUGUUUAGUGUGUAGCAAAAUAAGCCAAAAUAAGGCAUUGGUUUUAA